GACAUAAUUCACAAUAUAUUUACCUUCGGAAUUUCAAUUCGCCCACGAGGCAAGAACAACAACAAUUUAUCCGGCAAGUAACGACAGCAACAGCUGUUUAUCCGGCAAGCGAGUACAACGGCACUUUAUCCGGCAAUGCAGGUGCUUCUACGUGCUGUCUCCGGGCAUACACUUCCCAGUUCAUUGCUCAGUCGGGGCCGAAAACACCUCAAAGCUGCUGUCAUGUCACGCCUUUUGAGUGCAAUGUCUCCACACGUCACCUAUGACUACCUAGUAAUAGGUGGCGGCUCAGGUGGGCUGGGUAGUGCCCGUCGGGCUGCUGAAUUUGGUGCGAAAGUGGCCAUCAUUGAGGAAGCUGCAUUGGGUGGUACUUGCGUCAAUGUUGGCUGUGUCCCAAAGAAGGUGAUGUUCAAUGCUGCUGUCCAUGCUGAAUAUAUAAGGGAUCAUCAGGAUUAUGGUUUCUCGGUGGAGAAGAAGGAAUUUGAUUUCAAACACUUGAAGAAAUCUCGUGACGCCUACAUCAAGAGACUAAAUGGAAUUUAUGCUAAUAACCUAGAAAAAUCAAAAGUUGAGCGAAUUGUGGGUCAUGCCAAAUUCUUAUCUAAUCAAACGAUAGAUGUGAAUGGUGAGAAUUAUUCAGCAAAGCACAUUCUGAUUGCAACUGGAGGGAAACCACUUAUACCGGAUAUACCUGGUGCCCAGUAUGGUAUAAGCAGUGACGGUUUUUUUGAAUUACCAGAUUUACCAAAAAAAUGUGUUGUUGUUGGUUCUGGUUACAUUGGUGUAGAACUUGCUGGAAUAUUCAAAUCUCUCGGUGCAGAUACCUCUCUGCUUAUUCGAUAUGACAAGGUUCUACGCCAAUUUGAUGAAUCUAUUAGCUCAGCAGUUACAGAGAACCUGGAACAUUCUGAAAUCAACCUUCAGAGACACACACAAGUGCAAGAAGUGAAAAAGCAAAGCAACGGUCAGCUAACAGUGAGCUCUAACCAAGGGACCAUCUCAGAUGUCGACUGUCUUUUGUGGGCCAUUGGCCGUGUUCCCAAUAUUUCAAACCUUGGACUUGAAAAUACUGGAGUGAAAUGUGAUACCAAAGGCCACAUUUUCGUUGAUGAGUACCAAAAUACCAGUGUCAGUCAUAUCUAUGCCUUAGGAGACGUUUGUGGAAAAUUCCAGUUAACACCAGUGGCUAUAGCAGCUGGACGUCGAUUAGCUCACCGGCUUUUUAAUGAUGAAGCAAAAUCCAAGAUGGACUACACUGAUAUUCCAUCAGUUGUUUUCAGCCAUCCUCCAGUUGGAUCUGUUGGAUUGACACAAGCUGAGGCAGAGAAACUCCAUGGCAAAUCCAAAAUCAAGAUCUACCAGACCAAUUUCACACCAAUGUAUUAUGCUAUCACCACACACAAAGAGAAAUGUAUGAUGAAGUUAAUUUGUCUUUUACCUGAAGAGAAGGUGAUUGGUCUCCAUAUGGUUGGAAUGGCCACAGAUGAGAUGCUGCAAGGAUUUGCUGUUGCUGUAAAGAUGGGUGCUACCAAGUCUCACUUUGACAACACCACUGCCAUACACCCUACAUCAUCUGAAGAAUUUGUCACUCUCAGAUGAAAACAUAGCUUUACUCAGAUUGGUUACACAACAUCCUGUUUAGUGUGACCAUAAGUUAUAUUUUUACACACACAGAAGAAGACAGUGGAAUAUAUAUAUAUAUAUAUAUAUAUUCUAAGCUAUCCAUCUAGUUAAGGUAAAGGUACUUGGUUGUUAAAGUUUCUCAAAUUGCAGCUUUAAAUAAUUUGCUUUCUAGAUUCUCCCUGACUAAAUCAGACUGGAGAUCAUAAUCUAAAGGCAUUAAGGGCCCCCACCAAAUACUAUUCAGAUCUAAUAUUGCUUCAGUUCAUUUACCAUAAAUUCCAGUUAUGGUCAAUAACCUGAAUGUUGUUAAGUGAAUCUAUGAAUGUCUAAGAAUUCUAAAAAAGAUCUGUUUGUCCUUUUUUUUUUUUUAUAUAUAUAAUUUAGCAGAUCUCUUUGGAUGUGUUGUUUUUAUUUGCUGUAUUUUCUUUAAAACUUCAAACCAAAUAUAAACCACAUUAAUCGUUAAUCUGAAAGGACCUGUAAAGAUUCU